GCAGCCUCGGUGAGCGCCAGCUGCAGACGCGCUUAGCUGCAUUGGGUGCGUCGCAGGGUAUGCUCACCGAGGCGGCCCACUAAACUUUCAGAAACUCGUCGCCAACCUCAAAUUCUUGUGAUUCCAGCAACAUCUUACCUUCCCAUUCCCGUCUACCAAGCUUGGUCAUCAUCUGCUGAUAAGAGCUGGCCGACCCAAGACAUGUGGCAUGACGGGCUGAUAUUCCCCGAUGCACAGCCAUUAUGAUGGCUACUAGAACCGCAGUCGACGAGUCUCUGGCACAACCACCCGCCAAACGAUUACGUUUAGACCACGACCUCGAUCUCAACAUUGAGACCGACACCAACACCACAAUUGACGACGAUCACUACACCGCCCAAACACCCAUCUCGACAGCGGAGACAGUCUCAUCUCCAGCCACCACCACCGCAGCUACUACGCCCAAGACUCCCCGAUUUCCGUCUGAUCUGAAGACCCUGUCUUGCACCUGGCCGGGCUGCCCCAAGACCUUCAACCGACCCGCCCGCUUGCGAGAUCACCUCAACUCGCACACCAAUUCUCGACCCUUUGUCUGCCCCUACGAUGGCUGCACAAAAGACUACACGGUCGACAAACAUCUGAAGCAGCACAUCAAGGCGACCCACACCCAGGAACGGAAACAUGUCUGCCCUCGAGAAGGCUGUGGCAAGAGCUUCGUCACAGGAACACGCCUAAAGCGUCAUCAAGCGGUCCACGAAGGGGCGGAGCGAUUCAGGUGUCAGGACUGCGGGCAGAGCUUUCGGAAGAAGGACACGCUCGCCAAGCAUGUCCGGAAGGAGCACCAGGGACUCAAGGGCUUCCCAUGCGCAGAGAAGGGCUGCGAUGCUGCAUUUGACACAAAGGCAUCGCUACGCAAACAUGUCGAGCGGGAGCACGGGACGGCGAGAUUCUGGUGCCACGAGUGCGCGAAGCAGACGUCUCCCGACGGGGAGCCACGCAGGACAGGCUUCACGACUGAGCUUCUGCUGCAAAAUCACCUGAAACAGGAGCACCAGGAUUGCAUGUUCUGCGAGUUCAGGUCUUCGAAACAAGGCGAUCUAGAGAGGCACGUCGAGGUGCAUCAUACGGGCAAGACGGUUGAUGACAGACGGACCGAGCCAUGCCCCUACCCGGAUUGCGACAAGUGGUUCACCAACAAAUCCAACCGGAACAACCAUGUCCGAACGGUGCACAAGGGCCAGCGAUUCAUCUGUGGGUGCAUCGCAGUUGACAUUGGUGGGUGGUCUAAUGACCAAGGGUGUGGCGAGCACUUCACCUCCAAAGCGAGGCUAGAGGACCAUGUUCGAUACGUUCAUCUGGGCCAGGAUCGGCCCAAGGUCUCCGUGCCAGCGACUGUGCCGGAAGAGGAGAGACCAGGUUACCUGGAUGCCCUGGUCCACGGUGCUGUGGACGCAGUAUACACAUGCUACGUCUGCACCCUGCCAUUCAACGGCCCCGAAGAGGUGGAUGCGCACAUUGCAACUGAGCACCAGUCGUUCGACCCCGACAGCUUCUUCCAAGACGUCGAGGCCCUGGACUCCGGUCUGUUUGGGAUGAACAGCCCAUGGCCAGAAGACAAUGAGCAGGAAGAGAUUUUCGCUGCAGACAUGGAUUACGGUGCUACGAAUGACGAAUGGGCGCAAGAUGAAGAGAACAUCUUCAAUCUGGCGAGAGACUCGCCCCUUCACGAGGAUGGGCCUAUUGACCCUAGUCUUUUGUGAUUUAGUAUCUUUUUUGCGCUGGCGUUGGGAACGGAAAAAAUCAUCACGGCAUCUGGCGGGGGUAUGCCAGCACUUUUACGAAGCACAUGAACUCUUUAUAGACGGAUCGAGAAAGGGCUCGAAUAUCAGGCGCAACC